UGCGCUCGAGGGGUCGAGCCUGGCCCGUUGCCGCAGUGGCGGCGGCAGCGGCGGCGGCGGCGAAGGCGGCAGCGGGGACGUGAGCGGGAGCGAGUCCGCGGCCCAGAGCGGGAAUGUCGAGGAGUUCGAAGGCGGUGCUGGGCCUCUCGGUGCUGCUGACGGCCGCCACGGUGGCCGGCGUGCAUCUGAAGCAGCGGCAGGACCGGCAGAGGCUUCGUGACGGAGUGAUCAGAGACAUUGAGAGGCAAAAUCAGAAAAAAGAAAACAUUCGUCUUUUGGGAGAACAGAUUAUUUUGACUAAGCAACUUGAAGCAGAAAGAGAGAAGAUGUUGAAAAAAGGAUCUCCAAACACUUGACUUUGUGAAAAAUGGAUGGGGGAGUGCUGGGUUAGUGUGUGUAUAUGUGGGUGUGUGCACGAGUGUGUGUGUCCAUAGAGAAUAGCUAGUGAGAUCUGUCCCCUCCCCCCAAAUCACUGUCCAUUUAAACUUUAUUAAAUAAAGGACAGUGGAUCCUGUCUUCUAAAUCACUU